GAAGAAGACGCACGCCAGUCCGCCACCAACCGCGGCGCGUGGGAGGGCUAGCGCUAGUGCGGGCGGAGUCCCACUCCCACCCAGCAAGGAGGAGGCAACCAACCACCACGGUUGGGGUUGAGGUUGGGGUUGGGGUCACCGCCCGCCCGCCCGCCGGACGCGCCAGCGACAGCGACGAAUCAAUCAAUCCGCCUCGUUUUGCCGCCGGGCCGGGCCGCGCCGCGCCGAUCCGGUCAGCGCGCGCGUCACGCCCCACUCCCCCGCCCCCGCCCCCUCUCCCCGUCGGCUAUUGCGGUCCGACGCGGCGCGCGCCUCCACUCCCGCCCUCCCUCGCUGUCCGUGGCGGGCCUACCUCACGCGGCCGGCAGUUGGCAACCGUGGCCGCGCGGGCAGGCGGGCCGAGUCCUCCCUCCCCCACUUUCCGCUCCCACCACCUCCUCCUCCCUUUCCCCUUCCCCCACGGAGAGGAGAGGAGCGGGAUCCUUCCCAACCCCACCUCCCGGCCCCGGCCCGGCCGCCACCCUCCCUUUUCUUUUCCGAGCUCGAAUCAAGUCCCCUCGCCCUGCCGCAGCUGCCGCCGCGGCCUAGCCCUUGACUCUUCUCCACGACGCCCCGCUCUCUCCCCCGCUGCCUUUUGAGCCUUUUGACCGCUCAAACUUGCUUCUCUGCCCCCGUGAUCGCGGCUAGCCAUAGCCAUGGGGUUAUGAGUGACACAGCGCUUCCUUUGGACGCAGCUGUUCGUCCGUCCGGCAGCGGCACGGCACCCGCUGCCGCAUCAUAACCGCCAUCUUUUCCGAUCCCAGCUUCAGCUUCAGAGGCACACCAUCUUCCCCUGAUCGCUCACGCGGCAGGCUUCCAGCUUCAGGGAUCGAGUGAAGCUCUUCUUCUUCCCGAGCGGAAUUAAAGCUCUGGUGCACCAGUUUUGGCCUCAAGCGGCAGAUCUUCUUCCCGGAGGGGAAGAUAGUAGUCCACCGUGAUCUUGUUGCCCACAGAGUCACACGGUCUGUUCCCCUGCCUACCUAAGCUCUGUUCCAGUUUUGGGGCUCCGUCUGCUCUGCUGCGGCGCCCAUGGACGGCCUUCCCGACGGGGCGGCGCCGCCCGCGCCCACGCCGCCGCAGCAGCAGCCGAAGCGGGACGAGUGGAGCGAGAGCGGCAUCUCGCGCCUGCUCGAGGCCUACGAGGCAAAGUGGCUGCUCCGCAACCGGGCCAAGCUCAAGUGGAGCGACUGGGUCGACAUCGCCCACGACGUCUCCGCCCACUGCUCCUCCUCCGAGUCCGCGGCCUCCAAGCCCGGCGCCGCUGCCGGGGGCACCGCCAAGACCCCCAACCAGUGCAAGAACAAGGUCGAGUCCAUGAAGAAGCGCUACCGGGCCGAGUCCGCCGCCGCAACGCGCGCCGGAGUAGCCGGGGCAGCCAGCGCCUCCGGUGGCCCGUCGUGGCGCUUCUUCGGCCGCAUGGACGGGCUGCUCAAGGGGCCGGCCGCCGGCUGCUCUGGCCAGCCGCAGGCGCAACCGGAGCCGAGUUACGAUGGCAUGGUCCAGCCGCGAGCCCCGCUGAAAGCAGAGCCGGAGGUCGACGCCGAAGCAGACACCGCCCUCCAGCAGCCACCGGACACAGCAGGGCCGCCCGGCGCGCUCUCCGAGCUACUCAACGCAGACGCCAACGGCUCCGCAACGGUGAAGGCCGAGAAGAUCGUCGAUCUGGCCACGCACAAGGAGAGCAGCAGGGCGGCUGACAGCGACGCCGCAAAUGUGAGCUCUCCGCGGAGCAAGGAGGUGGAGGUGGAGGCGAACGAUGACGGCGCCGAGGAGGUGGACACGCUGAGAAAGAGGAAGAGCCCGGAGCUGGACGUCGCGAGGAGCAUCGAGCUGCUGGCGAGCUCGUUCCUGAAGAUCGAGCGGGCCAGGCUGGAGGUGUACCGGGACACGGAGAGGAUGCGGGCCGAGGCAGAGGUGAAGAAGGGCGAGAUGGAGCUGAGGAGGACGGAGAUCAUGGCCAAGACGCAGUUGCAGAUCGCCAGGCUCUUCGCCAAGCGGCUCAAGGAGUGCGUCGGCGGUAAUGGUGGCAGCUCGUCUCAAGUGGACACCCUUGCCAAGAAAGGCGAAAAUGGUUCAGGGUGACUGGCCAAUCAGAACACCUGUGAACUGUGAUUCUCUUCCCCUGGCGUCGCGCUCCAUUCAUGUGCGGAAAAUGUAUGUCGAUUGAUUUAGCCUCACCAUGAGAGUGAAGGCAUAGUGUAGCCAUAAAUAUCGAAACGCAAUAACGGAAGCGUCGGUGCCCCUUUCCAGCAGGGUGUUAGAAGAUGCAGUUUUACAAUCAGGAGUAGUUUGCUAGUCCGAAAAAUUGUCAACUUGCAUUCCUACUGAAACUGUUUUACUGACAACCAUUGUAAGAUGCUGUGGUUCUCUCGCAGUGCUGGAAGCCGGAUGCUUCAGGUGGUAUUUUUGUGUGACUGUUGAUGGUAUGAUCCAUUCGUGUACUGUGUAUGCAUCAUCCACGGCUACCUUUUCCAUA